AUUCAAGACCUGGCUUGUUUUAUUUUUAAAUCUUUCGGGAUCGAUCUGGAUUUACUGUAAAUUACUUUUCCUUUCCGCUUUGCUUUUAUUUCAUAUUUUUGUACUAGAGUGAUAAUGAUUAACCGAUCCACUUGAUCGCAGCCAGAAACAGCUGCCAAUCCUUAAGAAAUAUGACAUCCGGACUAGAACUUCAUGAAGCUGCCUCUGUUGGUGAUUAUGAUACAUUAGAGGAGCUUAUAUUUAGCAAGAAGAUUGACAUAAAUCUGAGGGACCCUGAAUGGAGGGACAGAACAGCUCUGCACUGGGCCAGUGCUAAAGGUUACGUUGAAUGUUUGCGCCUUCUCCUGGACCACGGCGCUGAUGGACUAGCCCGAGCAGACAUGAACUGGACCCCAGCACACUUCGCGGCCGAGACCGGGAAACUGACGGUACUACGGGCCCUCGUGGUGGCAGAUGUACCCAUAUACAAGCGGGAUAAGUACGGGGAUAAACCUGCAGAUGUGGCUAGGAUGUACGGAUUUCAGGACUGUGUCAAAUAUCUGCAGCAAGAAGAGUUAAAUCAAAAACAGAAAAGAGUGCAGAAAGGAUUACCAGACAAUUCAGAUGACGAGUCCUCUUCAGAACCGUGAUUA